GCAAGUUGCUGGAGCGUUCAUAGAGACGAUUCAUUAGACGGUCAACACAAACAUGGAAAGCGGUGAACAGGAGAAAGACAAACAAAAAUCGUCUACGGCUGAAAAUCAAGACAACAUGGCAGCGACAACUGCCUCUCGAAUAGACGUCCUAUCCCGGGCAAAGCCUGUUCCUGUAGGAUUCAUCGAGGAUAGGCGAUCAGUAUACUGGGAUAAUAACUUUGCAAAGGACUGGGAUAACAUACAAUCGACUAAAAGUGUGUUAAGUGACAGACAAGCACAACUUGUUUAUAGCAAACAACUUCACAAAGAUUACGUAGGAGACAGAAAAAGUGCAAUCUGGCCAGUAAGUGAGGCAGCAAUGAAAGCCACGGCAUCACAGAGACUGGAAACCCUGUCAGAGGCAAAAGCUCUUCAUCGCGACUACCAACCUUGUCAGCAAGUGCAAAGACUUGUCAGUGAAGCAGCUAUGAAGGCUGAGCCUUCUCAACGAACUGAAUUCCUUGCACAACCCAAAACUUAUGCUCCCUUAAAAAUCAAGUCAAAUAGUGAUUGGGAUUGGAGUGAGUGGGAAUCUGAUUUGACAGAAGCUGCCAAGAAUGCAACAGCAUCAGAAAGAGUUCUUGUGCUUUCAAAUCCUAAGAUGCCACACCGCAAUUACAAAGAGGGGCGUCCUGUGAUCUGGGAAGUGUCACAGACAGCCCAGAAGGCUCUCCCAUCUCUCAGAGUUCAGCAACUUGCGAGGCCGAAAAGCCGCAGUCAGUACAAUGAAGACUAUGAUGCUAAUGCAUGGAAAGUCUCACAGGGGGCAAAAGCGGCACAGGCAACUCCCAGAAUAGAAGAACUUGCUUUACCAAUCCCUAGAAAAGUCAGAAGUAAAAAAGUUGUGUGAUCCAUUCUAAUAAUUUAUUUAUUGAUUAUCAAUUCACUCCAAAUUUCUCUACUAUGAUAUGUUAUGCACACUGCAUUUACCAUUGAUCUCUUUGUGGUGCAAUGAAUACCUUUCCUCAAUAAAUGACAUAUCUACCCUCUGCUGAUAUUUUAGCAUAGUUAUGACAGAAAAAAAUUAACAGAAGAAUGAUUUCUAGUUAUUGAAAACUCUGAGUUACUUUGCACCCAUAUGAACCUUGCUGACACUGCCCAGUAGGCUUCACGCCUUGGCCAUUGCGUGACCUUAUUGCGUGACAAGUUCUGAGUCUGUAUUUUACAAGCAAUUUACAAUUUGAUUCUGAUAAACGGAUCUGAAUGUUUUAUGACUGACAGUUCAUUUCUUUAAGUAAUCAUAUUUUCUACUGUAAAGCAGGUUCUAUUGUCUCUAAUGCAGUAGCACACGCGUUCUUUUGCAUGUCACGCAACGUUUCCCGUGAAUAACAGGAGUGUAUGAACUACUUAAACCACGACCAGGACUAUCCUGUUUCAGAGUAAACAUAUUUUUAUUUAAAUCAAUCUUGGUUUUGUUUUAAGUAAUAAGCCCAGGUCUCAAAAAUUAAAAAUGGCUUAUUAAAAAGUAGUAAAA